CCGGAGCUGGCGGGAGGAGGAGGGCACGAAGAAGAACUAUUUACUGCUCUAGUAAUUGAACACUGGAACAGAUUCCCUGGAGAGAUUGUGGCAUCUCCAUCCUUAGAGAUAAUCAAAGCACAACUGGAAAUGAUCCUAAGCAAGCUACUGUAGCUGACCCUACUGUGAACCAGGGGAGUUGGACUAGACAGUCUCCAGAGGACCCUUCCAAUCUCAACUAUUCUGUAUGUCCUGUAGCAUGGCGUAUGAAGAGGACUUCUUUUUGGAAGAAAAAAGAUUCAAACAGUACUGUGAAGAAUUUAUUAAACAUUCACAGGAGAUAGGAGAUGGUUGGGAAUGGAGAACUAGCAAGGACCUUGGUGACAGUUAUCUUAGUAAAACACACUUCCAAGUAAGAAAUAGAAACAUCCCAUCAGAUCUCAAGGAGAAAACAAAAGAUGACAUGGAACGGACAUUAUUUACACAUGUUGAAGAGUCUUUGGAUGAUUCUCAAGUAGAUGGAGCUUGUGCAACAGAAGAGGUGAUUCGCUACGAAUAUCAUGUCAUAUACUCCAGCAGCUACCAAGUGCCUGUGCUUUAUUUUAAGGCAUGCUUUUUGGAUGGAAGACCUUUAACUCUGGAUGAAAUAUGGAAAAGUGUUCAUGCAUGCUACCAGGUUCGUCUGCUGCAGGGGCCCUGGGACACUAUUACACAGCAGGAGCAUCCCUUACUUGGGCAGCCGUUUUUUGUUCUGCACCCUUGCCAGACAAAUCAAUUCAUGUCUUCUAUACUGAGCAGCUCACAGAAACACAACAGACACACAAAUUAUAUUAUAUUGUGGCUCAGUAUUGUAGGCCCGGUUGUGGGUCUAAAUCUGCCCCUGAGUUAUGCAAAACUAGCACCUGAGCAGAACACAACUGCUGAUUCAGUUGAAAGUCCCUUCAGACCUCUGAGCUGAAUGACAGGUGAUAGCUGGUGUAAAGCUACUACAGGCUUUCCCAGGGGUUGAAAUGAAAAAAAUGAAUCCUUCCCAACUGGUCAGCAAUGCCAUGUGGAAAGACGAAUCUUCAUGGCUUUUUCUCUCGCAAGAACUUGCCUGUUGAAGAGGAUGACCUAAGAAUUGACUGCAGUUGUGGCAACUCUGAAGCACCACCAAGACCUGAACUGCUUUGCAAUUGCCUUGACCUUCUGAAGCCGCUUGUCUCCUACCUCUGUUUUGCUGUGGUUAUGGCCUUAGUAAGACUGCACACAAAUGCACAAGCCUAUGGUUCCUUGAUACUAAGUUAUGAUGCUGGGUUUGGAUCCAUCUGUAGAAAAUUUGCACUGCCUGAUAGGAUAUGUACAGGAUAUGCAGGAUGUGGUUUAAGCUUGUGGCAGUCAGUGCAUGGGCUGAGACUACUUUGCCUAGGGACCACCUUCUUCAACACAGCCUGAUGCGUGGUCCACCCUCGUGCUUCACAGCACACACAGGAUAUCUUAAUCCCAGGACUGAAUAAUACCUUUCUGAGAAUAUUUUGUGUACCUCAUGCUUCAAGGAACAAACAGGGUCAGGACUGUAGACAAAGAGGGCACUUGCAGCCUACAUCUGAGUAAGCACAUACAGUUCUAGAGUUCAAGGUGCCUAAUGCUAUUGCAUGAGAACAUCUGGCUUUUCCAUGUUUCACUGCUUCCAAAGGAAGCUUUGCCAUACCCUGUGGGAGUUACCGUUGUAGUAUUUUUCAUUGUACCAGUAGUUGUUCACAGGUUUGGUCCUUGACCUGCACUCUUCAUGCAAGCCUCCUCUGACAACUGCUGUUCUUUGGGCAAGUAGCAAAUGCAUGGUAGUGCAAUCAGUGAAAUCCAGAUUAGAAGUAACUUCCAUACAAGUUGUCUUGGAUUCAUUCCCAGUCACAUUUUAUUUGUAGUAUAAAACAGACUACAAGCCCUGAGCAGUUGAGAUAGAAUUACAGAUUUUACUUUAUGUGUUCAACAUGUCGCUUGCAUACAGAGUGCAACGUAUGCCACACCAGAGCUGCAAGUGUGAAAUGCAUUGGGUUUCAGUUCCUGGGUUUUCAGACAUUUUGAUUUGUUGCAAAUUUUUAACUUGGAUUGCAUGUUAUUGGUGGAUUGGAAUACAGUGCAGUCUUUUAAAUUCCAUUGGUGCCAAUUCUUUUGCCAGCCAUUUGGAAUUAAUAACAAAAGCAUAUCGUUUGUCUCAUUCUGUAUAAUAACCUGAAAAGCCUUUUUCCAUGUAAGAUGUAUGAAGUACGGCCUUCCAUUCAUGUGCUAUGGAAGUACACUGCCUUCAGUAACACUUUCAGUAACAUGUUUGAUGAUUGCAUCCAUAGCCCAUUUUCAGAUUUAAGCGAGACUUACAUGAGAGGAAAAAAAACCCUGAACCAGAUAACAAGAGUUCUAAGAUCUGUUAAAUGUUUAUCCCUGCUCUGUGAUCUUCAUUUGUGACACAUUGAAAUGCAUAAAAGCAAUCAAUCAACCCUUCUCAGCUGCCUGAUUCCUAAGCAGUUCUACAUCAGCUUCUCCUGCCUCUAUCCAGCAUAUUGUCACACACUGUGCUGGCUAGUCCCAGGGGCCUUUGUUCCCAGUAUAACUUAGAAUUGGCCUCAGAUGACUUUAAAUAAAGUAAGAUCUGAAAUAGUUUGUCCUGACUUUAGCAUUAGGCAGGUGGGAAAGGUUGAUGUUGUUCCCUGUAAACCUGCAUCACUGUAUCUGAGGUUCAGUUAUGCACAUUUUCCCAAAGCAUCACAGAUGUUGCUUGGUACUGCACCAAGGGCUGAAUUUACAGACGAAAUUCCACUUUUAAUAUGAAUAGAAUACAAUCCUGAAUACAGAAUGGCUUUGGAAUAACUUAUGGCUGAUAUGGUAGUUUUGGUAUUCUCAUGUAGUGGACAAGAACUGUGGAACAGUAAAGUAGAAGAAAAGAGCCUGGAACAACUUUGAAUAUCAUUCUCAGUUGUUAGACCUUGGGAAGAUUCAAUUUCUUAGCUGCUGUUGUGCAAAAUUUACAAGCAUGGUUUCAGAGACAUUUCUUGGAGACCAGCUGUUCCUCUUUCUGUCUUGGAAGCAGAAACUGCAGUACAACAUAAUAGGAUUUUUCUUUAGUAAGGAACGAGUUCGAGUUUCUUCACUACAGGCAAAACUUCUCAUUGCAGGUCUGUGAAGUGUCAUCGCCCUACUCCAAAUGUUAGCAUCUCAUCCGUGUGACACUACCUUGGACAAUGUAUCUUACAAAUUGUAAUUACAGACAAGAGAAAUUAAAUACGA